AUCAGUGCGGAUACUGAUGCUAGCGCAUUGAGAGGGAUGCAGCCCGGAGAUGGGACUUCAUGAUCGGCAGUGACUCACCAACUAUAAGCAACAGAAAUCCGAUGAGGGGAAAUUAACCUGGGCGAUGUCGAAUCUUUUCUGAACGAUACUGACGGCUCCGGAGCUUUUUCCUUUUUGAAACCAAAGACUAUAGGAAAAGGGGCCAGCUCGUUCCCUGCCAUCUGCGGACGCUGUUGUAGCUUUUUGGUCCUCAGAGCGACUGCAAUUCAUCAGGAAAUACGCUGCCAGAAACUGGCCCUUCAGCUGGAGCACGAGCCUUGUGGAAGUGUUCAGAAUGAAGGAAGAAGUCUUCAUAUCCCAGUAGAUGUAAAUGGGUGCAGAUCUCCAGUUCAAAAUACAUCUUUGCCUUUCUAGAAUUUUGAAUCAAACCUAAAGAAUUUUUACACGUCUUGUAGACAAACCUUUUUUUAUCAUAUGGAAAGACCUUAAGGUCAAUAGUGGCAAAUGCCAGUUAUGAGUGUGUCAAAGUUUAAGCAACUGACCAAAGCAAGCAUGCUGGAGGAAGGUUCCAGGUUUACUGUGGGAUGAGUCUCUGUAUCUGGGGCAGCAGGCUUUUGGGUAGGAAACCCUCCAGCUUCUGUUCCCGUAACUAUUAACACCCCACAGAGAACCGUUCAUUUCAUUUGCCCUGCAAAAGCAGCGUGUGUACCAGCAACAACUGUGCUUUCAGGUUCAUUUGAUGAAGACUUGGAAAACCAGGAAAAAAAUCUCAAAUCAGGGCAAGCUACUUAAACAUGCUAUUUUUAGUUAGUAUAGCUUAGUUUUGAAAUGCAACUUCCUACGGUGCUCAUGCCAUCACUUUGGCUGAAAAAUUAAACUGUGCUUUAAAGCUGUGAGCUAAAAACAUAAGCAUUGCUGAAGCUUGAGAUACCUGAGAAAGGACUACUAACGUGGCAAAUCAGCAGAGCCCAUAGCUUACCUGUUUGCGACUGCCUACCGCAGCCUAGCUGCACCAUCAAUCGAGAUGAGCCAGAAGCUAGAUUUGGAGACAGAGGGCACCCAGCCCUUAGUUUACUCGCUUGAGGAGCUUGAGUGCAAGAUCUGCUACAACCGCUAUGACAUCCGAGCACGCAAGCCCAAGGUGCUCAGCUGCCUACACCGCGUUUGCGCCAAAUGCCUGAAGAAGAUAGUGGAGAUGGGCGACUCGUCACCCAGCAUCAUAAGCUGCCCCUUUUGUCGCCAUGAGACUCCCGUGCCUGAGGAGGAAAUCUGGCUCCUGCAGGAUGACAGCAACAUCCUGGCCCUGCUGGCAUACCAGGACCGAACCAGGAAGAGCGGUUCCGUAGCCCCUGGUGAGGUAGUGCUGACGCCCAAUGGCUUGAGCGAGGGCUGCGCCAGUGGGGACCAGUCACACAGCUCCUCGGACUGCCUGGUGAUCACCAUCAUGGAGGUCCCGGGGGAGUCGCAGUCCUCGGAGACCAUGAGCAUGCUCAACAUGGUGCGCCUCUACCGUCCACCCAGCCUGGACUCGCUGCCCUGCCACCUACCUGUGCAGAAGUGCCGCAUGUGGACAUCGCACGCCUUCCCUCGCUUCCUGAUAGGUGUCCUCUGUCUCAUCUACUUCAGCUCCCUCCCCCUGGGCAUCUAUCUACUGAUGAUUCAGCAGCUCUCCCUGGGCGUCAUCCUCGUCAGCCUGGUGCCCUCCACUCUCGUCCUUUGCGUCUUCUACGGCUUCUGCCAGUGCCUGUGUCACGAAAUAAUGGAGUCAAUUUCCACAUAAUCCUCCUACACGUGUGUAAAUCCGGUAAUGUAACUGGCCUUGCUGGAAAGAAAUAUGUACCAUCACUGACUCUCCUUCGCAUCCUCCUAUCCUGUCCUGGUUCUUCCUUUACCAGUACUAGUAGACAAUUUACCUAUCUUUGUGGCUGGUUGGCAGGACCCCCUAAAAGAUGCAUGAUUACUUGUGGCCCUUCUGUAAUUACUUCUUAAAGUCUCACCCUUCAUGCAAUCCAGUUGUUAUGAAAUUUGUUUGUUUGUUUUUUUGUUUGGUGGGAUUGAGGUUUCAGUCAAGGUGUAUUCUUAGUGAGAAACUAAGACCAUAUAUACAUAACUCAGGCUGUAUCAAAUUGCUGAAAUUUGUAGCCAAACACCUCACUAAAUAGGCUUCAGAUAUAACUGUGAUCACUUUACUGUGUUACGAAUGAAGACUGAAAAUGUACAUCUACAGCUCCCGUUUCAUACAGUGGAAAGUAGCUUAGUAAAAUUCCUGUCUGGACUUACAGUAGAUCAUGCAAAACUCAAGCAUACACACACUGACAUACACAUAUACCUGUUCUAUUUAUUUUUCUUUUAAAGGUUUACUAUUGUAAAGUAUAUGUGACCCAGAUGCAACUUUUGGGACUAGAUCAGACCAGAAAUCCAUCAAAACUGUUAACGAGAUUUCAAUAAAUAUUCAUUACGCAUUA